GUGUAAUUUAAAACCUCUGAAAAGUCUACUGCAGUACUUGCCCUGCGUUAUUUUAACAUGAGGACUGGAUGCAGACAGUUCUCCAAAGGAUCCCCUUCCCCACCGCAUGAAAAAGAGAAGUAAAAGACAAACCUGAGUACAACCUGAAAGGUCCAAAUCGGUGAGCUUGUGGCACCCUUUGCCUGAAUUCAGUUUCCAGACUUGGCUGCUAUUCUCAAUGUGGUGAUGGUAAUACAAUUAGAGAGAAUGAGAAGAUGAGAGAGAAGACCAUACAGAAUGAGACUUGGCAACUGACCAGAUACAUGGGGGGUUCCACAUAAUCCAGCUGCAUCUCAUCAUUUCUGAACUGCAUUAGUUAAUAUUACCCAAACUCAGAUUUCAAAGGAAUCCUUUCACAGUUUCGUCUAUCACACAAAGUAAUUGGGGCCAGCUGGAUGUCAGGAUGCAAGUGGUUGCCAUUAUAAUAUUCCUCUUCUUUUGUAAAACAGCUGAAUUUAGGAAGACAAGUUUGGGGAGUUCAAGAAGCAAAGCUCACAAUGGAAGGGCAAACAAUGGCAGGAGGGCCUCUAGCACUGUGAAGCGUUAUGCCCCAGGCCUUCCAUGUGACAUAUAUACUUACCUUCAUGAAAAAUACUUAGAUUGUCAAGAAAGAAAACUAGUUUAUACUUUGCCUGGUUGGCCUGAGGAUUUGUUGCAUAUGCUGCUAGCAAGAAAUAGAAUCCGUAUAUUGAAGAAUAAUAUGUUUUCCAAGUUUAAAAAACUGAAAAGCCUGGAUUUACAACAAAAUGAUAUCUCGAAAAUUGAGAGUGAGGCUUUCUUCGGUUUAAACAGACUUACAACCCUCUUACUUCAGCACAACCAACUAAAGGUUCUGACAGAAGAAGUCUUCAUUUAUACACCUCUUCUAAGCUACCUGAGGCUCUACGACAAUCCUUGGCACUGUACUUGUGAGAUGGAUACGCUGAUAUCAAUGUUGCAAAUCCCAAGGAACAGGAACUUGGGGAACUAUGCCAAGUGCGAAAGCCCACAAGAACUGAAAAACCAAAAAUUGAAGCAGAUAAAAUCUGACCUUUUAUGUAAUGAAGAUGAAAAGGAGCACGUGGCCCCCACGACUCAAGUAUCAGGGAGACCUACGGUAGUCAAGCCUGAGGCAGACUCCACUCUUUGCCACAUUUAUGUGUUUCCCAUACAAACACUAGAUUGCAAAAGAAAAGAGUUAAGGAAAAUUCCAAACAAUAUUCCUCCAGAUAUUAUUAAACUUGAUUUAUCAAACAACAAAAUCAAUCAACUUCGACCUAAAGAAUUUGAAGACGUUCAUGAACUGAGGAAAUUAAACUUGAGCAGCAAUGGGAUUGAAUUCAUCGACCCUGCUGCUUUUUCAGGACUAACAAACUUAGAAGAAUUAGAUUUAUCAAACAACAGUCUGCAAAACUUUGACUACGGAGUAUUAGAAGAUCUCUAUUUUUUGAAAAUCUUAUGGCUUAAAGAAAAUCCUUGGAGAUGUGACUAUAAUAUCCACUACCUCUACUACUGGCUAAAACAUCACUAUAAUGUUCAUUAUAAUGGCCUGGAAUGCAGAAUGCCUGAAGAAUACAAAGGCUGGCUUGUUGGAAAAUAUGUUCGAAGUUAUUAUGAAGAAUGCCCAAAGGACAAACUACCAUCAUACCCUGAUCCAACUGACCAGGAUACAGAAGAUGAUACAUGGGAAAAAAUACACCGAGACCACCUGGCAAAGAAACAAAGUGUGAGAAUUACAAUAGUAGGUUAACUUCAGAGGUAAACCCCUUUGUAAAGAGAUUAGAUUUGACCUUUGUUUAAGGAAAAUCUUAUGUUUACAUUUUGGUUAACUGUGUUAUCUGUCUAUGAAGGAAUAUACAGCUAGCAGGAUUUCUUUAAUAAUUUUAGUUCUGAACAAAGAGAACAACCUCAAGCCAUUUAUCCUAUAUGUUGGCUGAGCAACCUUGGCAUACCACAAUGGUAAAUUGUAUGAGAUUGAGUUCCAUAUGAUGGCAUUAAUAAUUACAUAAUGACCUGUAUAACUUUUUAAUUCUUAAAAAAAAACCUAAGUUCAUGUUUGCCAUGCAUUUUGAGAACUAUUUGUAAAUACACAGAAAAAAUUAAAAUGAAAAGAUAUAAAUAUAUCUAUAAGGAAAUGACAUCUUUUUUUGGUACAGCAGGAUGUGAGUUGAAUAAAUUUCUAUUCUUAAAUGUGUUCACACUUAGAAGAAUCCAUGAUAAAUUAAGAGUUUUGCUAAAGUUGUCUGACAUUUAUUUGACAUUUUUACAAAACAAAAUCAGAUUAAAAACUGAAGAAUCAGUCUAAACAUGAUGAGAGAAAAGUAUCUGAGAAUGAUAUUGAUGAACUAUGAGAGGCAGUAGCAAGGGGUGAAUGUUUAAGUAUGCUUAUUUUUAAACUUUGAAAUUACUUUAAAGUCCCCACAGAAGAGACUGUCAUUCUGUGAAGUAAACUUUCUAAAGUAAAAUGAGAACAGGAAGUAAAGGGUUUUUUUUUUUCCUUUGAAAUCCAAAGCAAAGAGAAGGUUCCAUAGUGCCCAUAUUUCAAGUUAACACAGUAUUAAAGCAGUUAGACAUGAAUUUUGGCAAUGUUGAUACAGUUCUACAUAUGAAAAAAAGGUCUUGUUUUCAGAGGAGACAUCACUCAUGUAUUACUAAGACUUCUGCCUCAGCUGAAAAGAACACAGUGAUGGUGGAUGGUGAGUGGAGAGACUUUAGAGAAAUUCCAGCAGGUAUGGUUGGGGGAAGUUUAACUCUUGGGGGGAUCAAAUCAUUUCAAUCAACAUAUAUUAAACCUUACUUACUAUAUACAAGGUAUAUGCUAUGUGUUGAGGAUGUAAAGAUGAAAAAAACAUAGUCCUGACCUCUAGGAGCUUAAACCACUCCUAGUAGGAAUAAGACAUACAGCACACAAAUGAGAAUAUGAUAAGGGAAAAGGUGGGAUUCAAAGCAUUGUAAGAAAACUUGAGAAGAGGAAGAUCAUUUCCAGCUGAGGAAAUAGAAGUGCUUAAUGGGCAAAGUGAAUCUUGAGAGGUAAGUCUUAAAGAAAUAUAAGAUAGAAGGGACAGAAGGAAUCUGAAUGCAGAUCAAAGCAUUCUUCACUUUAUUUCCUUCAUGAAUUUUUCUCUAUUAUAAAUGAUAUGUAUCUUCUUUCACAACAUGACAAAUAUGGAGAUACAUACUAUAUGAUAACUCAUGUACAUUCUAUAUCAUAUUGCUGCCAUCUCUAGAAAAUAAUAGGAGAGAGAGGGAGAGAACAUGAAUCAAAAAAUGUGAGAAAACAAUUAUCUAAAUUGUAACUACAUAUAAUCUGGAAAAAUAAAAAUGAACUUAAAUUUUUUUAAGGAAAAUUAGAAUUUCAACAGGCAGAAGCAAAAGAAAGUGUGUUCUAGGUAUUGAGGAAUAACUUAUAUGACUGCAGAGGCAGGAAAGUGAGGACAUUUAGAAUCAGCCUGUAGUUUAAUUUGACUGAAACGUAGUAUUUAAAAAGUAGAGGUAUCAAAUAAAAAUUUAAAAAGUAGUUUGGAAAUAGAUUGUAGAACAGAAUAAAUACCAAGCUAAAGAAUCUAUUUUUUAUCUUUCAGGAAAUAAGGAGCCUCUAUAGAUAGGUCUUUGUGCAGAUGGAAGUUACAUGGUCUCAUCUGCCCUUUUAGAAUUUUAAUUUGGCAAUGUCUGACUAGACUAUGGUUAGGGGAUGCAAGUUUGUUGCAGUGGAACAAGUCACUUGUCUGAAAAUCCUUGUUUUGUUGUUUACUACCUUAUAACUUUGGAUAAAUUGUACCCUUCUGCAGACUUCAGUUUCAGCAUCAGUAAAUGAGAAGAUGAAAGGCAAGGUGACUUCUCAGGAUGCUUAUUCCUCAAAACAUAUUCUCCAUGUUGAAGUCCUCAAUUUGGGUGGUAGCAGUACGAGUAGGAAAGAGAAGGGAGAUGCAAGAUGGAUUCUGGAGGUAAAUGUGACAGGAUUUACUAACAGGUUAAAUGAGGGAGGUGAAGGACAAGAAAGAACAAAAGAUAACUAAGAAUUACAACCCUCAGCAGGGAGAACAAUAGUAUCAUCAGAAAAGAAUUCCAUUUUGGAAAUACUAAGUUUAAGGUACUAUUGACAAAGACAUCAAGGUAGAGACAGCUAGCAAACAACUACAUAGAUGUGCUGGAGUUCAGAGGACAAGUGGGUGUUCAAAAUAAAGAUCUGUGAUUCAUUUAUCUAUUCAGAAACUAUCAUUGAACUCUCAGAAAUGGAUAAGCUUGCCAAAAGAAAGAGGGUUGAGAGGAAAGAGAAAAUAGCUUAGAGACAGUCAUAAGAGAUUCCCAAGGCCUGGUGUUAAGAAGAUGGACUAGUAAAGGACACUGGUAAGUAGCAGUCAUAGAAGUUGGCUGGUGGUUGUCCUUUGUACUCAAAGAGGACCAAAAUGGCAUCACUAGUGAUGUGUUUUGACUUCGCAUAAAUUGGAUUUAAGUGAGGCAAAGUGUACAAAGUCAUCAGUCUCACUCUCUUCCAGUGGCAAAACAAAAGGCAAUAUAACUGGUGGUGGCACAGGAUGCAGUGGAUGACUCUAGCAUCUCUGAUGUCUAAAUAAGCUCUAAGUAUUCCAUAGAGCAUGCUUCUAUCACCUUUGUGGUUGUUGCAUAAAAUUAUUCUCAUCUUCCAGGGGAAUUCUUCCCAUACCUGGGGAGUAGGCACCCCCCUAACUCACCAAUGGGUUUGAGGUCUAUCAGUUACCCUCAACCUGGUUUAGCCCACCUGCUGAAAUGGUUUACGGAGUGUGACCACAGUGUGUGUUACAGUUUCUUGGGACCACAGUAAGAGUUGAGUGGCAAGUAGACAUCACAAGUAGGAGAAUUCAAAAAGUACAGUGUCAUGGAAAUCAAGAAAGAAAAGGGGAUCAGAAAGAAGGGGAUGAUGACGUGUCAAAUGCUGCAGAAAGCAAUAGAACUGCAAAUAGGUCCCUGGAUUUGGUCAUGGUGGAGUCAGUGAAAAAGUAGUUUAAAAUUGGGAAUGGAAAUCAGCAAACUGAAGAGUAACUAGAUGGUAAGAAAGUACAGGCAACCAAUGUAGACCAUAGGAAUUUACAAUGUGGGAGGGGGGUCAGACACAGGACAAUAGCUUGAGGGUGAAAUCAGUUUAAAGUCAGAAAUACAGAGAUUAGGAUCUAGAAUGAAGCAGAAUUGGCAAACAUGGAAAUAAUCUGAGAUAGGUUAUCUAUGCAGCAGUCUGAGUUUGGAGAGACAGGAACUGCACUGUGGUUGAGGCUCACUUAGCUGGAAUAUAAGCUAAGAGCUCUUCAGAAAAGAGGAAAAUGGCAAAGGGGUUUUAAUACCUAACUGCGCUUCACUGGUCCUGGAUCAUGGAUAAUCCAUCCUUGUAUGCUCCCACUGCCUAUUUAUCUCCUUCAUGUUCUGACAAGUGAUUUGAGAGAGGCCAGAAAAGGCAGUUUCAAUAUUUUAGUGGAUCUCCUAGAUGUGAGAACUCCCUCCAAAGAAGCAGCCUUCAAUCUACUUGGUACUAAAUGUUUUUCCAUUAAAAUUCAAACACCUUUGCCUGUUAACAACUUAGUGCUGCUGGAUCAAAGCAAUACUAUAUUUCACAUCAGUGUAUUUACAGUUUUCUCUAGGGGUUUUGGUUUUGGAUGAGUGUGCUCUUACAACAGUGACCAAGAUGGAAAUAUGUUUUGCAAAAUACAUGUACAGCCCAGAUCAAAUUAUUUACUCUCUCUGAGUGGGGGAGAAUAGGGAGGGAGGGAGACAGGAUAUUAUAAUUUUGCAAAACACAUGUUGAAAAUUAUUACUACAUAUAAUAAGGAAAAUAAAAUAUCUUUUAAUUAUAAAAAAAGAAAAACUAAACAAUCUCUAAAAUGCUAAAAAAACAAAACAAAAA